GAGGGCACCGCAGCCUCAGCCUCACCUCAGCGGCACCGCCGCUACCGGGACCACCGUGACCGCCCGGAGCGGUUCCUCUCCGCGGGACGGGCCGUGGUUGAGGUUUUCGGCUCUUGAGGGGAAGCGGCGGUGGAUCCCGCGGACUAGCAGAGGGAAAGAACAUGUCUGGGAUCAAGAGAGUGAUUGCAGAGAAGGACCCCGACUAUGAGGAGAUAACCAUUGCACAUCCCAACAAGAGACACAAAGCAGCUGAACAGUCAGCUCGAGAAGUUGCUGUGCAGAAGAUCGAGGCAAUUAUAAAAGAACAAUUUGCCGUUGAAAUGAAGAGUAAAGAGCAUGAAAUCGAAGUUAUAGAUCAGCGCCUGAUUGAAGCAAGGAGGAUGAUGGACAAGCUGCGUGCCUGCAUUGUGGCUAACUAUUAUGCAUCUGCUAGUCUCCUUAAAGCUGGAGAGGGGGCCAGGUCAUGUGAUGUGACCAUUCUUAAUCACCCUUCAAUCAAGAAAUUCUUGGAAUCACCCUCCAGAUCAUCAUCUCCAGCUAACCAGGGCUCAGACACUCCAUCUGCCAACCACUCCGAGAGUGACUCGCUUUCCCAGCACAAUGACUUUCUCCUGGACAAAGACAAUGGCAACUUGGAUGCAGAGGAGCAGCUGGCAAGCAGCCUGGACCAGAGACAAAGCAGAAGUACUGGCAGGGGAAGUUUGGGUGUUUCAAGCUCCCAGAAACCAGGACAACGAAAUGCUGGGCUGUCCCAGGAUGAAACCUCACGGCUUUAUGUGAAGAAAACCAUUGUGGUUGGCAACGUCUCCAAGUACAUCCCCCCUGACAAGAGAGAAGAAAAUGACCAGUCAACCCAUAAAUGGAUGGUGUAUGUCCGAGGCUCUAGGAGAGAACCCAGCAUAAAUCAUUUUGUCAAGAAAGUUUGGUUCUUCCUCCAUCCCAGUUACAAACCUAAUGACCUGGUAGAAGUGAGAGAGCCUCCUUUUCACCUGACCAGGAGAGGCUGGGGAGAAUUCCCUGUGAGGGUCCAGAUACACUUCAAGGACAGCCAGAACAAGAGGAUUGAUAUCAUACACAAUUUGAAGCUGGACAGGACCUACACAGGCCUGCAGACACUUGGAGCAGAAACGGUAGUGGAUGUGGAGCUGCAUAGGCAUUCCCUUGGGGAGGAGUACCUCUUCUCCCAGUCUUCAGAGUCUGACAUUUCUGAUGUUCCUACAUCCUUAUCACUGCCACUGAGCAUCCCAGCACCAGUCAAGGCUUCUUCACCCAUUAAACAGCUGCAGGACUCCAGCCCAGAUGCUUCUGUGGACAAAGGAUUCUCUGGAAAUGCUGAAACCGAAAGACAUGCCACGUUUUAUUCCCUGCCAUCUUCGAUAGAACGGACUCCCACCAAGUUAGCCACACAGAAAGUUGCCUUUGGCUCUCAUGGAAAUUCAGCCUUUCAACCCAUUGCAGCUAGCUGUAAAAUAGUGCCUCAAGGUCAGAGUCCAAGCCCUGCAGAGUCACCAGGAAAAUCCUUCCAGCCUAUCACCAUGAGUUGCAAGAUUGUAUCAGGUUCUCCAAUAUCGACCCCUAGUCCAUCUCCACUACCUCGUACCCCAACCUCCACUCCGGUGCACAUGAAGCAAGGUUCUGCUAGCUCAGUCAUUAAUAAUCCUUAUAUUCUUGUGGACAAGCCUGGACAGAUGGUUGGAGCGGCAGCCACAAGCACAGGGAGCCCGACGAGCAAACUGAGCACUGUUUGUCAGGCCUCUCAUGGAACUGGAUCUCCUGUAUCAAAGACCCAUGGGAGCAGUUUUGUCACCUCAGCUGUCAAGCAGGAGGACUCUCUGUUUGCCCCCAUGCCACCCCUCUGUCUUGGGAGUCACUCCAAGUGCAGAGCCCCCAAAUCAGUCACUGGAGGACUUGGAGCUUUUACAAAGGUGAUAAUAAAGCAGGAGCCAGGAGAGGUGCCCCAGCAGCCCCAGCUGCCAGUGACAGGGACAAGCACUCAGCCCUCAGUGCAGCAGUAUGUCACUGUGAAAGGCAGCCACAUGGUGGCCUUGUCACCACAGAAGCCGCUUGUGAGCACAGGCGAGGGGACGGUGCAGUCUAAGGUUGUUGGCGUCCCGGUCGGUUCUGCUUUGCAGUCGACAGUGAAGCAAGCGGUGGCUAUCAGGGGCCAGAUUCUUGUGGCAAAAUCUGGCUCUUCAGUAGCAAAGGCUGUUGGUCCAAAGCAGGUUGUGACUCAAGGUGUAGCCAAAGCCAUUGUGAGUGGAGGUGGAGGGACGAUUGUUGCUCAGCCUGUGCAGACUAUAACGAAGGCUCAAGUUUCUUCCACAGGUGCUCAGAAGAGUACAUCUCAAGGCUCAGUGAUGGCUACACUGCAGUUACCAGCCACCAACCUGGCAAACUUGGCAAACUUACCACCAGGCACCAAAUUGUACCUCACCACCAACAGCAAGAAUCCUUCUGGGAAAGGAAAACUGCUUCUCAUACCCCAGGGAGCCAUCCUGCGAGCCACAAAUAAUGCUAGUCUCCAGUCUGGUUCUUCUACCAAUAGUGGAGGAGGAGGAGGAACCCAAAGCACAAGCAGUAACUUGUCACAGCACCUCACCUAUACAUCAUACAUCCUGAAGCAGACACCCCAGGGUACCUUUCUGGUGGGUCAGCCUUCUCCUCAGAGUUCUGGGAAGCAGCUGACUCCAGCUUCAGUUGUUCAGGGCAAUGUAGGAGUUGCAGCAUCUUCCACACAAGGACAAGCACUGAAAGUGAUAACUGGACAGAAAACAGCUCUCUUUACACAGACUGCACCUGGUGGACAGACAUCCCUGGUGAAAAUAUCAGAUGGGUCUAUAAAAUCAGUGCCUGCUUCAUCCCAGCUCUCCAAACCUGGCACCACUGUGCUGAGAGUAUCAGGGGGUAUCAUCACCACAGCUGCUGCUCCUGCCAUGGCCCUUCCCACAAACGGGGUGGCCCAGAUAGUGCAGGGUUCCAGUUCAUCGUCUUCUGGAACUCCUCCAGCAAAGACAUCUGGACAGCAGCACCAAAUCUGUAUAAGCCAGAGCCCAUCAACUUCAUCAGUAGUGAAUAAGGCUGCAACUUCCACAGUUGUAAGUGUUGCUUCUUUGAUGACCACACCAAUGCCUGUGACUGGAAAAGCUGCAGUAUCAGGGUUGCUAAAAAUCCACUCAAAUCAGUCUAGUCCACAGCAGGCUGUUCUGACAGUUCCCAGCCAGCUUAAACAGCUCGGUGUAAACACAGCUUCUGGAGGUGUUCAGACAAUACUCAUGCCUAUGAACAAAGUGAUACAGUCACUUUCUGCCAGCAAAGUUUCAGCUGUUACACCUGUCACAGCAUCAAGUACGGUUGUUCCUAGUCCCUCUGCAGCAUCCAUCACUAAAGUUAAGAUGGAGCCUGAUUCAACAGGACAAAACUGCAGUUCUCUGGGUACCCAAGAAGGCCAAGCAGAAAUAAAAACAGAAGAGAGCUCUGAACUUGGGAAUUAUGUUAUCAACAUUGAAUAUUUGGAAAACAUCCAGCAGCUUUUAACAGCAAUAGUGAAGAAGGUUCCAUUAAUUGCUGAAAAAAGUGAAGAUGCAAGCUCUUUUUGUGCCAGUUCAGUGGAACAGUAUUACAGCUGGAAUAUUGGGAAGAGAAGGGCAGCUGAGUGGCAACGAGCAAUGACAGUGAAAAAGAUCCUCCAGGAAAUCAUAGAGAAGCACCCCAGAUUCCACAACAUCAACCCCCUGAAAACAAAGCACGUGGUGCAGUGGUGUCGAUGCCAUGGUUACACUCCACCUGACCCUGAGACCUUGAGGAAUGAUGAGGACUCCAUUGAAGAUGUGCUGACACAGAUAGACAGUGAGCCAGAGUGCCCUUCCUCUUACAGCAGUGGUGAGGAACUGUGCAGAAAACUAGAGGAACUACAGCAAUUUCUGAAGCAAGAACCAGAACAUGAGGAGGAAGUAGAUAUUCUCAACUUUAGUGAGCCAUUAAAAAUAAACAUCAAGAAAGAACAGGAGGAAAAACAAGAGGAGAUGAAGUUCUACUUGGCUUCCUUGCCUGAGUCAGAGUUUGUGAGGGAUGCUGCAGAGGAGAUAGGCAUUUCUUUUCAGCCUGCUGAGGUACAAAAGAAUGUUUAUGCUUCAGUAAUAGAAGAUAUGAUUUUAAAGGCCACUGAACAGCUGAUGAGUGACAUCCUACGUCAGGCACUGGCUGUGGCAUACCAGACAGCUCCUCACAACAGGACUCCAAGAGAGAUCACAGUGAUGAAUAUUCACAAAGCCAUCUGUAAUAUCCCCUUUCUUGACUUUCUCACAAACAAACAUAUGAAGAUACUAAAUGAGGAACAAUGAAAUAGAGUGGAGAAGAUGCUACAGGAAAGGUGGAUUUAUGACUGAAAUUGGGUUGACAAAUCCAGUAUUUCUGUUGGACACAAUUGUAUACAUUUAUAACAUUGGGCUACUAGAUUGUUACCUCCAGUUAAAAAUGCACCUUAAUGCAACAGAAUGAUUCUCUGUUCAAAUCAAGUUGUUAAAUGUCAGUGUUUACUUGGUGUCUGUUCAGUGACUGAACAAACAUUGUCAGUUUGCAUGGAGUUGCUAGCUGGGAGAGACUCCACAGGCCCAGGUCCUCUGAGACAGCUGUGUUGAUGAGAUUCAACAUUUCUUUAAGAAAAGAAAUUGUACUUUUUGAUGCAGCCUACAGACAAGUUGGUUUCCCCAUGCAGUGAGCAGAAGAGAUGCUUUGGCACCCUGGAUGUCAGAAGUUGGAGGUGCAUCAUCUGAGUGGAUGAGUGGGGUGGUUGGGUUUGGGUGUGGGAGAGCAACAAUGGGCAACAAAUUCUGCCAGCCCUGUGCAAGCAUGAUGCAUGUGGCUGAGGACACAGCUGGGGCAGGCUCACUAUUAGCCCAACCUCACCAAAUUCCUUGCCUCUCCAUAGGAGGUGUCAGAUGUCACCUUUCUGUCACCUCCAGAGGAGCUGACUAGGACCAACAAGCCAUGGCCAGGCCUGGCAGGAUCUGACUGAACAUUUGUCCUGCAUGGAAAGGGAGAGCAGCAAGGAUAAUACUCAGUAUUUUGGGGCUUGGACUGGCUGAAACACUUUGCUUGCCCAGUGAGCACCUUCCCAGGCUGCCAGAAGGUCUGGAAUGUUGUGCUUGAGGGCAGGUAACCAGUGGUGGUGUGCAAGUCUUAAUGUUUUGACAGCAUUUAGUAAUGAUCACAUGGAUUGUGAACUGCCCUGGGAGCAGCACUACUUUUCCUUAAGUUCUACUCAACACAGAAAGGUCUGAUAGGAUAAAAAAAAAUCAGAGAUUUGCUGCUUUUGGAGAGUUCCUGAGAUGUCUGGGUUGCAGGAAGAUGUUCUGUUAUUAACCACCUGCCUCAGGAGCAUCACUGGUGUAGGAGAGAUGCCUGCAGCCUGGCUAUCAGCAGUUCUGAAGAAGGCUUCACUGACAGCAUCCUGACCCACAUCCACCAUCCCUCUGUCCUGCACCACCAGUGCUUGCUAGGAGUUUGAAUGAAUGACGCCAUUGCCAAGUUGGUGGGACUCCUGUCAUUCUUUUCAGGGUGCUUAUUUUGUGAGGCAGUGCUGUCAUGGGAGUGGAGCAUGGGUCAAACAGCCAGAACUUCCCAUGUGCUGACCUCAGCUGGGUCUCUAAUCUGCUGCAUGGCCUUUGAUUUAAUCACUCUGUGCCUCAGUUUCCCCAUCUCUGGGCAUGGGGAGCAGGAUACCUACCUCACAGGGGUGUGCUGAGGCCUCGCUCUCAUUGGUGCCCUGCUUUGACAAUACAAAGCCUUUUAUAGACAUUAAACUACAGUUACCUUUCCUGGCCAGAGUUACGAACAGAAAUCUUCAAAACCUUACCUUCUGGUGCUUUUUUAGGCUACAAGACAGUAGUGGGCAGGAACUAUGGAAGAUGGUUGAGUUUAGAGGAGGGUUUCAGGCUUCCAAGGAGAGCAGUGCAGGUUCAGUGCAGUUCUUAAAUAAACUGAAAAAGGUACUGUGGAUCUUAGAUGAGGUGCUGUCUGUCUUCUCCAACUUGAGGAAAACCAGGGUCUGUUGAUAACCCACUCCCAGUUCAUCAGAGCUGCCAGGGAGUUAGUUUGCUGAAAUAAAAGUGGCAGGAAAUGGGACCUUGAUUUCCUUGAUCAAGGAACUGGGACCAAUGGAUAAAUAUACCCUUAUAAAGGAUGUUGUGUGGAUUACAGAGAGAAUCCUGGCUUGUUUGGAUGAGCUGAGUGCAGGCCUGCCUGCAUGAGGGGAGUGCACAGCUGAACCCUGGCAUGAGUUUUUCAGCUGAGGUCAGUGUGAAGGAGUCCAGCAGUGGGAAUUCCCCUUGAGUUCAGUGUUGAAAGUCAGGGGGAAUCCAGGUAGCUGGGGAGCUGCAGGCCUCACACUGUUUGCAGGCUGUAAGGAACAUGAAGUCCAUACUGCUUUCAGGUGCCCCUGUACACAGACUUUACAAGAGAAAAAGGCAUUUUCAAGAUAUCUGUGGCUAUGACAGCCUGCAGGUUGUGUGGGAACAGCCUUUUGGGGACACCCAGCUGUGCUGUGAUUUUCUGCAGUGACACAUCCAUUUCCAGCCCCUGCCUCUUGUGAGCUUAUUUUCUGGGGGUUUGUUACACCCAGAACAGCUGUAGAGGAUGCAGUAGCUCAUCUUGGGGCAUUUCUGUGAAAAUUGUGUCUUUGUUGCCCGUGUUCUGCUUUUCUGUGAGGAAUGGAGUUUCAGAGUGAGUCCUGGCCCUGAAGCAGGCAGGGAAAUGCCCCUGGUUCUUAAUGGGGUUCUUGCAGUGGAGAGCUAUUGCUACAUAUCUGAGCAACCACAGGUUAUUCUCCUAGAAGAUGCUAUUUUAAUAAUAUAUAUAAAGUUUGCUGAAGAAAAAUAAAAUCUGUUAAAAGCUGAUAGAAAAUAACGUUUGUUUAGUCCUUCAGAUGUAGGAAAUGUUUGCCACGAGGUCUUGGAAUUUUGAAAAGCAUUUGGAGAAAGAACAUUGAAGAGAGGUUCCUAUGGGAAUUGCUUGGAGAUGAGAUGGAGGUUGUGGAAUUUCAUGCACUGCUCAGGUGUGUGGAAUGCUCCAGGUGAUACAGUGUGUGGAAAUGUUAUGGUAUAUUUCUCUGGCUUUCUGAAAAGUCUUGAUCCAAGAUACAGAUACCUUUACAAAAGUUGCCCCUGUUUGUAAUGCUGUGUUGAAAUCCUUCAUGUUAUCUGUAUUAUACUGUAUAAUUGUGUAAGAUACAUCUGUUUACAAUAAAUUCUUUUAUUAGUUGUGAUAGGA